AUGGAGCCGCUCGCUGCCCUGGGAAUUGCUGGGAACAUCAUACAGAUAGUGGACUUCGCCUCUAGCCUUGUGUCGCGUAGCCACGAGCUGUAUCAGUCAGCUGAUGGCAAGCUCGCCGAUCAUACAGUGCUGCAUAGUGCUGCGCAAAACCUUCUGGGGUUGUGCGACGAGUUGCGCCUUCUCGAUCCGCAACGCGAACCCGAGCCUGUUGGUGCCCUCGACUUCAUGUACGCGGUUACCACACCUAAAGAACCUCCCAAGCUCUCUGCUGCCGAUGCCCGACUUGUUCAGCUUAUGAAAGACUGCGAAGCUGCCGCGAACAAGCUUCGCGCCGCUCUAAACAAAGCAAGCGGAAGCAGCCGUAACAACGCGUGGAAAAGUGUUUAUCAAGCCUUAAAGAGUAUACACAGCGAUCAGGAGAUUACAAAGCUUGCUAGUCAGCUUGAAAGCAUCCGGAAGCAGCGAGUGGAUGCUGUAGUAGAGAAGCCAGCAUCAGCUAAGUUCCCCAGUAACUUGCGUGGGUUCCAAAUUGAGAGGGAUCAAAGAGACAAGAAACUGCUCGAGGCAGUCUACGCCAACAACUGGACGGAUACCAACGCGCAGGAUGUCGAGGAGUUUUCGAGACAUUUACGUUCCAACACAUCUAAAUCGCAAAAAGAGCAGUUUUGCGACCUCUUGCUGCCUCGACUGUAUUUUCAACAUAUGGUCAAUCGGUCCGAAAGCAUAUCUGAAGCGCACAAACAAACAUUUGAGUGGUUGUUUGACCCUCGGUACAGCUUCUCUACAUGGCUCCAGGAAAAAGAUGAAGGUCUCUACUGGAUUACUGGCAAGCCUGGCUCCGGCAAAUCAACCUUGAUGAAGUUUCUGUACAACCACAAAACUCUUGAUGCACAAUUAAGUGCCUGGGCGGAUUCUCGGGGUGGCCCAAACAAGAUCACGAAGACCGGGUUCUACUGCUGGAAUUCGGGAAGCGACAUGCAGAUGUCGCGUCUAGGCCUCCUCCAGACCUUGCUUCACCACUGUCUCUCAGGAGACACUGAACUAUGUCUUAGAGCGUUUCCCGAGCGUUGGAAGCAGUUUGCUGCAUUUGGCGGUGGCCUAGAGACGUCCUGGGAUUGGUUUGAGCUCAAGCGAUCUUUCGAGAACAUUAUAUCAGAUCAGUCUCGGUCGUUCUUCAUUCUUAUCGACGGUCUGGACGAGUUUGACGGAGAGCUGAAGGAUAUUAUCAAGCUUGUCUUGGGCGCUGUACGCCCGAACGUCAAGAUGUGUGUUGCGAGUCGACCAUGGCUCCCCUUCGAGGAUGCGUUCAAAGGCCGUCCAAACUUGCUUCUCCAGGAAUUGACGCAGCAUGAUAUAUCCACAUAUGUGGCCGAGACCUUUCGCGAAAACGAGCAUUACAUCCGCUUACAGCUUGACGCUCCCGCCGAGGCAGAGUUCCUAUGUCAAAGCAUCGUUGAAAAGGCUUUGGGUGUGUUCCUGUGGGUUCAUCUUGUCGUGGAGUCGCUGCUCGAGGGUCUUUCGAACUCAGACAACCUGCGUGAUCUUCAAGCGCGCCAUGACGCGCUUCCCUCCGACUUGGAGGCACUCUUCGAAAAUCUACUACAUAGUGUAGACGAUCGGUACUACACACAAGCUUGCCAAAUCUUUUACAUGUUACGACUCCAUCGGGAGAGCAAUGCUGGCCAGAAACGCAAUUACAACACGCCUUCCCUGCUGGGGAUGCAUUUCGCAAGUGACGAAAACCUGACUUCGAGUAUCAUGGCACCUUGGGAAGUUCUUGAGGAGCAUGAAGCUUGCCACGGCCUGGAUCAGUGUUACCGUGAGCUAUACCUCGCCGAGCUUACCGCAAGGGCAAGUCCGGAAGAACGAGAAACACUCAACAAACAUUCCGGACACACCAGCAUCGACAAGGCCAACGGACGGCACCACGUUGUACGGCAUCAUGGGAGUCAGAGCUUCUUCCGAUUGACAGGGUAUUAUAAGAUGCGGAGGGGAAUAAAGCGUCUUCGACAGCGAACAGCUGAUUGA